GCCCGCAGGCCGGCCUGCGGCUUAACUCAGUAUCCCUGAAGCAACGGACCGUCUUGUAUUAUUUCGUAUAUGUUUUCUCUCUUAAUUUUAUAACGGCACAAGGUGCAAACUUUUAACAGAUAUAUAUUUUAUUGAAUACUGCUUAGUAAAUGAGUGUGAGAACUAUAGCUAAUCUGGAUAAUUGAAAACCGGUUUAUGAUUUCUUACCCAGAAGCUAUUUGAGAAAUAAUGUAUAAUUGAUAAUAUUCCUUCCUGUUUAAAGUGUUAAACAUGCGUUUGAAGAAAAUUUCAACAACAAUUAAAAUAAAUUUUGCUUUUUAGUGUUAAAAUAAAUGAAUAAUCAAUCUAACUUGAUUGUCAAGUGUUUAGUACUAUCAUAUUUUUAAAAUUUCCAAAAUUAAAAGUUUAAAUAGUAACUUAAUUGUUAUGCUCGGUCGCAAAAAUAAAUAAAUAAUUCAUACAAUCUCACCGUUAAAUAAGUAUGCGGUGAACUUAAAAUUCUAUUUUUAGAUUUUUAUUGUGGGAAUUGACAAUUUACCAUGCACGUGUUCGAUGAAUCCUUAUAUUUUUUAUCACGUGUACUUUGGAAAAGACCUUGGUUGAGAUAAACAAUUACUUGGUCACAUUCUUAAAAAUUCUAAAAACCCAAGAAUCUGCAAUCAUUGAGAAAAUGUUCAAUUCAUCAAUAUACUCUUUUUUUAAUGAGAACACCAUUUCAAAUCAGUGGUUAAAUUUAAAAAGUGGAAAUUGUAAAUGAAUCCAGUGGAGGAUAGAGAAAAGAAGUCUGUUUCACAUAAUUACAUUUUAUCUUUGUUAUGCCUAACAAAGCGAAGGAUGUAUAAGAGAAAAGUGCUACCUGAAGUGAAUACAAUGUUUACCAAUGUGGAUUAACAAUUUUCGGAUCGAAGGGUAUAUUUAACAGUUUAAAGUUAUCCUAGAUAAAGAUUUAAAAUUGACCUGUGAAUAAAUUCCGUUCCUUAUGAUUGUGCUGCGAAUAAAAUGUUCGAGAUCAAAGAGAUCAGUGUGUUUAAAAGUUGAGGCUGCGAUUCCUUGUUCCAAUCUGGAUAUCAUUUUAAAAGUGAAUUUUAGUGCACAAGUUGAAGAAAUUAUUUAAAGUGCUGCAAAAAAAGUAGAAACGAAUGAAUCUGUGAAAGUUAUAAAAAAUUUUCUGGUUUUGAACCGUGUUACCUUUUGUAGAUUAAGUGGACCAUUAAGUAAUGGUGAUGCGGUAGUUGAAGGAUAUCUGAGGGAAGUCAUGAGGGCGGCCGCCGCCUGCGUCGUGUUCCUUACCCAUCUGAUUCAGGCAACAACUGGAAGCGGUUAUUUUGAGGUGCAAAUACUUUCACUCACGAACAGCAGAGGCACCUUGGUAGACGGAAGAUGUUGUGGCGGAGGACCUGACAUCCGCGCAAGUGAUGUGUACUUACAAAGUUGCACGACAUCUUGUACAACUUUCUUUUGGCUCUGCCUCAAAGAAUAUCAAUCUACUGUCACUGCAGUAGGUUCCUGUAGUUUUGGAAACGUAUCUAGUCAUGCUCUGGGUCAAAACACUUUUACACUGAGAGAUCCAGUCACAUUGCAACUUCAUUUUACAUUUAGAUGGACGAGACAAUUUACAUUAAUUUUGCAAGCAAGAGACGAAAGGAGCUCAGGUGUCAUCGAAGAAACAAACUAUAGUGGAAUAGUUUUACCAGGACCUAAAUGGCAUACACUCAAUCAUCACGGUAGAAAUGCACAUCUUGCUUAUCAAGUGAGGGUCCAGUGUGUAGAUCAUUACUAUAAUGCCACUUGCACUAAGUUUUGUCGACCUAGGGACGACAUUUUUGGCCAUUACACGUGUGACACAAAUGGAGACAAAGUUUGUAUACUAGGAUGGAAAGGAUCUGAUUGCGAAAUUGCUGUUUGUAAAGAAGGUUGUCACCCUGUCCAUGGGCACUGCAAUGUGAGUGGCGAGUGUAAAUGUCGACAUGGUUGGAGAGGUGAUCUAUGUGACCAGUGUACCCCAUAUCCAGGAUGUAAACAUGGUUACUGUAAUGGUUCAAGUUGGCAGUGUAUCUGUGAUACAAAUUGGGGUGGAAUUCUGUGUGAUCAAGAUCUUAAUUAUUGCGGAACUCACGAACCAUGUCAAAAUGGUGGUACAUGUGAAAAUACUGCUCCUGAUCAAUACAGAUGCACUUGCCCUGAAGGAUUUUCUGGUUCAACUUGCGAAAAAGUUGACAACCCUUGUGCUUCGAACCCUUGCCAAAACGGUGCUAUUUGUAGAGAAAUUGGAGAGAUGCCAAUUUGUGAUUGUGCUCCAGGUUAUACUGGAUCAUUUUGUGGAACCGAUAUCGAUGAAUGUGCUUCCCAACCUUGUCAAAAUGGAGGCACUUGUGUAGAUGAACAAAAUAGUUUUACUUGUACCUGUCCUUCUUCCUGGCAAGGAUCACUUUGUCAAUUUGAUGUUGAUGAAUGUAUUCUUUUGGAAUCUCCAUGCAAGAAUUCAUUAACCUGCGUUAAUCUCGCUGGUGAUUAUAGAUGUCGAUGUAGAAGCGGUUUCACUGGAAAAAAUUGUACGAAGAAUAUUAACGAUUGCGUGGGUCAGUGUCAACAUGAAGCACUUUGCAUAGACCUAGUAAACGAUUAUCAUUGUUCUUGCACACCUGGAUAUUCAGGAAAGGAUUGCGAAAUCGAUAUUGACGAAUGCGCAUCGAAGCCAUGUAAAAAUGAAGGAGAAUGUAGAGAUCUUGCAAACGCUUAUGAGUGCGUCUGUCCUGUUGGAUACACCGGCCAUCAAUGUGAGAAUGAUAAAGAUCAUUGCAACCCUAAUCCCUGCAAAAAUUUAUCUCCUUGCUUCAACACACAAACGGAUUUUUACUGUCACUGUCCACCUCAGUGGCAAGGGAAAAAUUGUUCAGAUCCAUCUACAAGUCCCCUUCAAUUUGGAGGUAUUAACGAUGGGCUGGGAUGUGGGAGCGAAGAAUUUCUUUGUGGAGGAAGAGGCAGAUGCAGCAGAGGAAGAUGUGUUUGCGAUCCUGGUUACACUGGAGUCCAUUGCCAUGAAAAUAUUAAUGAUUGCAGCGGAAAUCCUUGUAUGAAUGGAGGAACUUGCGUGGAUUUAGUUAAUUCAUUUCAAUGCAUUUGUAGAGAAGGAUGGUCUGGAGAUCUUUGCGAUCAAGAUGUCAAUGAGUGUUUGAAUUCCCCUUGUCGAAACAAUGGAACCUGCGUCGACGGAGUAGCAGACUUCACUUGUAUUUGUCGAGACGGUUGGAAAGGUAAAACAUGUGCCUUGCAAGCCGGACAUUGUGAACCAGAAACCUGUCGCCAUGGAGGAAUCUGCCAGGAUCGAGGAGAUGGGUUUGCUUGUGAAUGCCCUCUGGGUUGGGAAGGCGCAGUGUGUCAUAUAGCAUCUCCAGCUUGUGCAAGCAAUCCUUGUGAAAAUGGAGCUACUUGCGUCAAUAGUGUUGAUGGGGGGUUUCGAUGUAUCUGUCGUGAAGGCUAUGAAGGUCCUAAAUGCAGAAGAGACGUCGAUGAUUGCCAGCCUCUUCCUUGUUUAAAUGGAGGACGAUGUGUGGAUGGUGUUAAUUGGUUUAGGUGUGAGUGUGCUCCAGGAUUCACGGGUCCUGACUGCAGAAUUAAUGUUAAUGAGUGUGCCAGUGACCCAUGUUUGGGAGGUGCAACCUGUAUUGAUAAAAUUGCCAGCUACUCCUGCAUUUGUCCCCCAGGACUCACCGGAACUCACUGUGAAAUUCGAACAUCUGGAGGACCAGAAUGCGUAUCUGCUUUUUGGGAUGACGAAUGCAACAUUUGUGAGUGUAGAAAUGGUAAAAGUCAAUGCAGCAAUGUCUGGUGUGGACCUUCUAAUUGUCUAAAUGGAACUUUGUGUUUAGCUCAUGAAGUUUGUGUUCCUUCACCUGGAGAAAGUUGUUUAGCCCCAAAUUGUCCUGCAUGGGCCGAGUGCCGUCCUACUGAGACUGGAAAAAGAGUAGGACCACCAGCCCUUCCAGCGCCUCCUUCCUGUUGGCCUGGACAAGCCACGACUAGCCCAACUUGCUCGAGAGUAACGAUUUUACUUAGAAGAGAAACUUUAGUAGCCGGUACUUCAGUAGAAUUGAUUUGUCGUAAACUGAGGAAACUACUUGCUGAUCCUAGGAGACCUCAAUCAGUAGUACUUCUCUGUGACUUGAAAACUGGGGACAAUGGCACUAUAGAAGUAACAAUAUUUUCUGAAGCUGCAGUUUUAGCUGCCAAAGAUCUUGGUGAAUCUUUGAGUAGACCGUUAAAUAGAGCACUUGCUCUUGCAUCUGUUCUAGAAGUAAAAGUCGAAACGUCUUCAUUAAGUGAACUUACACCUACUACCUCAAACGGAAAUGGGUUUUUAGCGGUUAUUGGUGGAGCCCUAGCAACAGUUCUAGUUUUAGCAAUUUUUGGAGGACUUUGGUAUGUGAGAUCUAUAAAGCAAAGGGCAGGACUGACUGCAACGACAAGCAGUGAAACUUCUCUCCAUAGACAUAGAAGUGAUCUAGACGAAAAGUCAAACAAUUUGCAAAAUGAAGAGAAUCUGAGAAGAUACGCAAAUCCCUUAAAAGAGCAAGAUGCCAUAGAACCUAGAGUUUCAGUGGUAAGACCUUUAUCUGGAGUUUCGUUAGGAGCCAUAGGACCAGGUGAUGAAAGUCUAGAAAUGAUCACAGAAGACAGUAUGCAUCGAUUGCCACCAUUGUACAAACCACCUAGUGCAGAAAUUAGAAAUAACACUGCUAGUUUUAGUUUUGAGGGAGGUGCUCAUAAGCCUUACAGUAAGCCAAGGCUUCAGGAACCCUCGUAUCAUCAACAGCCAAGUACAAGUCAAAUUUCCGAAUCACAUCAAGUACUUACAGUUCAUGUAUAAAAAUGUUCAUGUUUUUUUGCUGUAUAAAAAGCUAUCGUGAUCUUCCAUUAGUUAUUACAAUGAUAGAAAAUUAAAACGGGGAGUUUCAACAAAAUUAGUGUUAAUAUAAAAAAUAUACUAAAAGUAUUUUCUUGAUUACUAA